AUGUAUGUAUGUAUGUAUGUAUGUGUGUGUGUGUCCCGGUGGUGACAGGCGUGCGGCUCGGGGCUGUCAGGGCCGGGGAGUGGCGCUGUUAGUAGGCGGAGGCGCAGGUAAAGUUCAGUCGGGAGUCCGGGGCUGUACUGGAAGUGCCCUCCGCUAGGUUAUAAUAUUACCGUAUUGCGUGCAGAGAAGGAAUCGUACAGUAGGUGGCGUUGCUGGCUACAUCCGUCUUCAGUACCAUAAAGUUAGCAUUACCUAACAGGGAACAAAUUGAGAAAGCAUAAAGAUGGCGCGGAUUGUGCGAUUACAAGGUCUUCCACCUAACGCAGACUCCAGUCACAUUAAAAAUUUCUUUAGUGAAUUGAGGAUUCCUCCUUAUGGUGUUGUAAUUAUUGGUGGUGUAAACGGAGAGGCUUUUGUUAGAUUUAAGAAAGUGUCUUGUGUGCCCUUGGCUCUGAAAAUGUCAGGCCAACUACUGAUGGGUUUUCCAGUAUAUGUUUCAGUAGAUAACAAGUACAAAGCAGCAUUUCAGCAGCAUCCUAAUCGCUGCACACACAAAUGUAUCCCUGGCUAUUUACGUAUAACCUACAGACCCUUAGAUGCCCAACUUUAUCAUGUAAAAAGUAUUUUCAAAGAAUUGUCUAUGAAAAGUGUAAUUAAAGUUAGAAAUGGGCAGGCCCUUGUACACUUUGGGGAAUCGCGUCACGUCCAAAGGAUCCUGGGGACUUAUCAAUGGCCUCAACAUAAACGGGAAAUGAAAAGGAAUGGAAAGCGAAUUGUGUUUUCUGUAUUAUCUGUUAAACAUUCGAAUGAAAAGGAAUGGAUCUCCUGGGGUGGUAAAAUUAAGCCAUGUCCGCAUAAGAACAAGCAAAAACAAGGAAGCAAAUGGUUACCAGAAAUGUCCGUGAAUGAUCACGACACUGUGUGCAUUCGCGAGUUUUAUGCACAUCUAGUGAAUGUAAGUCUCCGUGCUGAAAAAUCACACAUAAGGAAGUUUUUGUUCGAAAUUGUUGGCGACUCCCAGAUCACAUUUCUGUGUGACAAAAAUGGCAGCAGACUACGGGAAUGCUUUGUGAUGUUUGUCACAGAAAAUGACUACAUACGGGCUCUUGAGCUGGACAAAGCAGUUCUCAAGGGUCGUCGUGUGCGGGUGCUGCCCAUCUCCAAAGAGAAUAUGAUGGAAUUAAUCAAAAGCAAGAAAGAAGUUGUCUUGGAGGAUACAGCUUUAGAGGACAAAGGGAUAGAACCUGAACUAAAAUACUUAUAUUUAAGAAACUUUGCAGCUUGUGUGUGUAAACUUGAUGUUCUUGACUUUUUAACUGGAUUUACUUUGACUGAAAAGGACAUAUGUCUGUUGUAUAAUGAUCAUGGGGACAGUCUGGGAGAAGCGCUUGUCAGAUUCUCAACAAAAGAAGAAGCAUCCAGGGCUGAAAAACUAAACCAUAAAAGAUUCCAGGACACAGAGAUCCUGUUGAGACGCAUCUCCGAGGAGCAGCUGAAAGUAUUUGGUGUGGACUGUUUCCUAGACCAUUCUACAGCUAAGCAAGACUUCUGUGCAAGUGUGAGCGAAGCGGAUGAUGGGAUUUAUUGACUUUUGAUGAGUUUCUUCAGCACUUGGACUGUAGACAUUUAUUCAGUUGUGCAAAAAGACUUAGGGAAUUAUAGAGACUGAUGUGCUGACGGAUCCUAGUUUCCUUUUGAUGAUGGAAAAAAAAAUUUAAAUAAUUUUUUUUAAAUGAGUGAGUGACAUGCAAAAUUACAUAGUGUGCAAAGUAUUAAUCCAAAGUUGUAUUAAAAAAAAAAUAUUUACAGCUGGUAAAUAUUAGAUCAUUCGAGCGGAAUGGAGAAUUUGACAUUUCAGUAGGUAUUGGUGAGAUUGAACCAAAGCUCAUUUCAAUCUAUAUGUGCUAGUUAAAGAGUUUUUCUCUAUAAGAAUUAUUUAAAAAACCUAAUGGGACCCCCAACCAAUCAUUUAAUUAGAUACUGCCGCUAUAUCUUAGGCCUAUGGGAGUGUAAACAAAAAGCUGAAUUCACUCCACAGAUAUCUUUGGCAGUCCCAGAGAGAUUGCAUGGAGCAUCACAAAUGGUUGACAGGACCCCUGUUCUUGUUAUUGGUGGUGGGUCCCAGUGGGUAAGACUGCCACAAAUCAGGCACUCUUCAGGCAUAAUUUUUCAAUUAUGGGAAAACCCCUUACUGGAUUAGAGAAUACAUACUUUACUGUUAACACAUUGUUCUGUUUUAUACAUAUAAUUUGUAUAUUUGGUUUCAAGAAAUAAAGGAU